AUGCAGCAUUCAUUGGAUAAUAUUGCGAGUGGCAUCCAACGCAUAUCCACUCAACUGUCUCGAAUGGAUGACGAUCAUCCCCGGAUGCCAUUCUUUCUGUCAGCUCUCGCGGCUGCCCACGAUAUGCGAUAUAAUCUCAUCGGAGAAAGGGAUGACAUAAAUAAAGCAAUCGAAUGGGGGUUUACCUCGCUUUUGCUGACCCCGGAUGACAGCCCGAGCCUCCCCGAUCUGCUAGUUAAUCUUGGGAGGUGUCACGCCAAGCGGUUCGAGCAAUUUGCUGGUAGCCUAGAGGAUAUCGCACAAUCAAUCGAGUACACACUUGCUGCCGUCUCUCUGACUUCCGAAGUAAACCCAAAGCUACCAGCAUUACUUGCCGAUCUAGGAGAAUGCUACAAGAAGCGUUUUCGCCGCACAGGAGACCCGAAAGACCUCAACAAGUCGAUUGAACAUGAGUCUCGAGGACUUGCACUUGCUCCUGAAGGGUAUCCAUAUUUACUACUCCAGCUGGUUAAACUUGGGGAGUCCUACACAGAUCGGUAUGAUCAUACAGGUGAGAUGGAUGACCUUAAAAAGGCAAUACAGUAUGGCUCCCGCGCUCUCUCUAUGACUCCACCUGGUCAUCCGGACUUGUCACGCCAGUUGGAUCAUUUGGGUCUGUCCCACAGAAAGCAAUUUGAGCGGCUAGGCGAACCAAAUGACCUGGAGAAGGCCAUUGAAUAUGGAUCCCGAGCACUGAGAUUGACUCCAGAUGGCGACCGUACCUUGUCCAGACGUCUCGCCAAUUUAGGGGUAUCUUAUAGCGUCCGGUACCGACGUUUUGGUGAAUUAAUCGACCUCGAAAAAGCAAUAGAGCAUGAAUCUCGCGCGCUUGCUCUGAACCCAAGUUCGCCCGGACGGCUUACAAACCUCGGGGCGUUUUAUUACUAUCGCUUCCAGCGUCUAGGCAAUGUGGAUGAUCUUGAGAAGUCCAUCGAAUACGGGUCUCGCGCACUUGAACUGACCCUCAAUGACCACCCAGAGUUGCCAAGUCGACUUGCAAAUUUAGGGCUAUCUUACAACCAUCGGCACCAGCGUCUAGGUAAUCUGAAUGACCUAGAAAAAGCAAUCGAGUACGGAACUCGCGCGGUCGCGCUAACACCCGAUAGUCUUCCGCAUUUAACCACCCACCUUACCAGCCUAGGGAUAUCCCAUUCGUCUCGUUAUAACUAUCUAGGUGAAAUGAAAGAUUUGGAAAAAUCAAUAGAAUACGAAUCUCGGGCGCUUGCUUUGACCCCCGAUGAUCAUCCGGAGUUAGCGAAUCAACUUUCUAAUCUAGCACAGUCUUACAGCGCACGAUUUAAACGCCUCAAGAAGCUGGAGGAUCAUAAAAAGGCUUUUGAGUACGGGUCUCGUGCACUGGCAUUGACUCUUCAGGACGACCCGUCCUUGGCCAGCCGACUGAGCAACAUAGGGUUGCUUUACAGGGACCAAUUCCAGCUUCUAGGUCAACAAGAGGACAUUGACAAGUCAAUCGCAUACCAAGUUCGUGCACUAGCUUUAACUCCUGAGGGUCAGCAAGACUUGCCAAGCCGACUGGCUAGUCUUGGUCUAUCUCACGUUCUUCGAUUUCUGUCCUUGCGCGAACGGGAUGAUAUCGAAAAAUCGAUUCAGUAUGCUUCCCGUGCGGUCGCUUUGAACCCGGAUGGCGACCCGAAAUUAUCUAUACAGUCUUUCGGCUUAGCAGGCUCUUACGUUCUUCGGUAUCAUAGCACCGGUGAUGCAUCUCAUUUGGAAGAGGCUUUGAAAUAUUAUCGCCUGGCCAUCCAUUCGCCUGGGGGAACCCCGCGCGAAAAGUUUACAUAUGCCUUCAUGUGGGCGAAGCUUUCUUCCGAAUACAAUUCAUUUGAUCCUAUCGAAGCAUACCAGACCACCAUGGACCUCCUUCCCCAAUUCAUCUGGCUAGGCGCCACCAAUAAUCAAAGGUAUAGCGAUCUGUCAAGCGCAGCAGCACUGGCUGUGCAUGCAGCCUCAGCGGCCAUCGCUUCUUCUAAACAUGCACUAGCUCUCGAAUGGCUGGAGCACGCAAGAUGCGUAGUCUGGAAUCAGAGCCUCAUGUUGCGUUCACCUCUCGAAGAACUUCAUUCUGCACAUCCAGACCUAGCUAGCCGUCUCCGAAAAGUGUCUUACCAACUGCAUAGUGCUGCCUCUGAGUCGCAAGAGUUUCGAGCCUUAUCCACCGGAACGAUGACUCAGGAACAAAUCGCACAAGAGCAUCGACGUCUGGCCAGCGAAUACAACGACCUAGUAGCCCAAGCGCGCAUGCUACCAGGAUUUGGGGAUCUUCUAAGACCUGUGAAGUCCAAAAACCUUAUUCGAGCCGCUCGUAAUGGGCCCGUUGCCGUGAUAAACUGCGAUGAUGACCGUUGUGAUGCUCUAAUGAUCCUUCCUGAACAUGAAACUAUUCAUCAUAUUGCUCUACCUAACUUCAACGCAAACAAAGCUCGGCAUGCUCGUUCCGAACUCGUAGAAUCGCUUAGGGAUAAAGGGAUUAGAGAACGUGGAUUUAGACGUCUCGAAGAGCCAGGAAAGCGAGCCAAUUUCGGGAACGUACUGGCUAUCCUGUGGAAUGAUGUUGUCAAACCUAUCUUAGACUGGCUCGGAUAUACAUGUAACCACGCCGGUGAAAUGCCCCAUAUAACAUGGUGCCCUACCGGCGCACUCUCGUUUCUCCCAUUGCACGCUGCCGGAGACUAUAAUCAGCCACAAUCGAAGACCUUUGACUAUGUCAUAUCCUCCUAUGCACCUACUCUUACCUCCCUCCUCUCACUCACCUCCAGCUCUUUGGGUCCCGGUUCUCGAGUUCUUGGGGUCGGCCUACAGUUUACCCCCGGCCAUAAUCCAUUGCUGGGAACCGCUGGAGAGCUGUCAUCAGUUCGAACUCAUAUAGAGAGCAUGGCUAAUUAUACACAGCUUGUCGAUAGCCAGGCAACUACUAUGGCUGUGCUUGACGCGAUGGAUAAACACGACUGGAUUCAUAUUGCUUGCCACGCUCAUCAGAAUAUUGUAGAUCCGACCAAAAGUGGAUUCUAUAUGCAUGAUGGCACCCUUGACCUAGCCUCCAUCAACCGGCGGUUAUUCAAGAAUAAGGGUUUAGCUUUCCUUUCCGCUUGCCAGACUGCGACAGGAGAUGAAAGGCUACCUGACGAAGCCAUCCAUUUGGCAUCGGGAAUGUUGAUGGCAGGGUACUCAAGUGUGAUAGCAACAAUGUGGUCUGUAUUUGAUGAUGAUGCGCCACUAGUAGCGGACAGGGUAUAUGCGCAACUGAUGAAAACCGGAAAAGUUGGGAAUGGAGAAGCAGGGAGGUCUUUGCAUAACGCAGUUGCAGAAUUACGGAACAAAGUUGGGGAGAAAAAGUUCGAACGAUGGGUGCCAUAUAUCCAUGUUGGAUCUUGA